CUAACCGUCUUAAGCCAAUCAGCAUUCGAUCCGAUAAACGUUCACGGCAUGUCUUUAGCCUUGCACCGUCUGCCGUUAUUAUAAUAUUACACAUGUAUGAUUCUUAUAACUGUUUGUAGUAACGCAUCGCAGGUUUUCUUCGUUUCGUCGUUUAAUCUCCCGGUAUAUUCGGCCGUUUGUCGCGUGUGACGCGGUGGCUGAAGCUCCGGGUGGAAAUGGCGGACAGAGAAAGAGACUGUCGCUGCAGAAGCAGAAAAAAUGAACAGAUCUGAGAAAACUACGAAUUUCUAUCGAGACCCUUUGAGAUCAGAUUACGAGCGAUAGGACAUCAGACUCAUCGCGUGCUGUACGAUGGUCCUGACAGCAUAUAUGAACACCUGUGUCCUUCACCGGGUGUCCUUUUCUAGAUUAACAUCCUGCUGUUGAAAGACUCUGAGGGGUCAAACUGUGCCACUCUAGCAGCAGUUCUGGAGGAAGCGGAGGAGCGGGUGUUUCGGUGGCGCCACGCCCUGCUUCAGGGUAUGGAGUACCACAGUUCAGGGACGUUGCCUCUCUUGGGCAGCCCGCGCUACUGCGCUGGAGGCAACAGUGGCAGCGGGUACCUGUGCCAGACCGGGCACUGCUGCCAGGAGACGGGAUGCUGUACCUACUACUAUGAGCUGUGGUGGUUCUGGUUGCUAUGGAGUGUACUCAUCUUGUUCAGCUGUUGCUGUGCGUAUCGUCACCGUCAGGCGAAACAGCGAGUGCAACAGCAGCAGAGACAGAGAGAGAUAAACCUCAUGGCGUAUCAUGGAGCGUGCAGUUACCCCUCUUCCAUGUUUGACCUCAGUUUUCUCGCUUCUCUCAAACUGCCUUCCUAUGAGGAAGUGGCAGCCCAGCCCAGCACACCACCCCCUCCCUACAGCUCUGUUGCGUACCCGCGAGGCUCCGCCCAUCCAGGCCCAAGUCACAUGCUGUCGUCUCAGAGUUCUGACAACUACACCAGCUGCUCCUGCGACUCUUGCUGUCCAUCAUCUCCCUGUAGCUCUUCCCCGUCUUCUGCGCAGCUCACAGACGAGACAGACACUAGCCACGCUUCCACGCCCUCCCUCAGCGAGCCUCGACGCGGCCGCUUAGGGGCAGCCGUCACACACGACGUGACGAUUUCAAUGCCUCUGAACAACGAUAGCAGCCAAUCCCCUACACUCAACACGGCAGAGGCGGAGCUCUCAACGAUCUCAACACCCCUGGACUGCAACGGCAACAACACGGUGAACACAGUCGGCAGCAAACCCUCGAAGAAUAGCAAUGUUAACAUUGGCAAACCUACCGAAUCGUGUGAUGCAGUCCACAUCAGUAGUGAAACCAUCUGUGAUGCAGUGUCCACCAGUCCAACAUCUAAGAAUGUAACCAGCCUCUGUCUAAACAACACAAGACCUACUGUAACCGGGACGACGGCCUCACCACCUCCCUCCUCAUCCCUGCAUCUUUUCUCUGUGUCUGACCCACUUGGAGUUCAGCCUGUAUUGCAGAGGGAGGAGCCUGUACAAGAUGCUCCGCCCCCACAAUCUCCACCUCGAUCGGCCGUCUUUUCUCCCGGUGUGGAACCAGAACGCCGCGAUUCUGCCGUAAGCGAUCUCGAUGUGGACCAGACGCACUUUCAGCAACGACGGCUCACCGGCGACUCGGGCAUCGAGGUUUGUCGCUGCCGCGUUGAAGAGGAGGACGAUGAGGAUGAUGAAGGUCAAGUGGAGUUGACUACGGGAACAAACGAUGGUCUUCACGAUAGCCCAGACUGUUCUGCGAGAGCCGGUCAUUUGACAACAGAAGGGGGUGGAAAAAAGGCACGGUCCAUUUCCACGCCGCCUCCGUCGACUGAGACGGUCGUAAUUGCCAUGGAAACCGACUGAAGUGAGUGAUCAGAUCUUCUAAAUGGGUUGUGGCACCAACAUCAGUAAUGGUAUCUCCCUAUCGAGACCACCUGUGGCUGUACCUGUACAGACGGAUGUUAGAAGAAACACAACGUUAUUCUUUGACUUCGAGUUAUAUAUCUCUGUCUGUCUAGUUCCUCACCUUUCUGUCAUAACACAGACUGUUGACUAAAGGUGCUUACACACUAAAGAUCAAGUUUUGAGGUUGGGGCAAGUUGUCAGCUGGACCCGCCUUUGAAAGUCGCAUUGGAGUGCGUUGCAUCAAAAGUUCAUAUUUACAACUUUUGGUCCGAUAACGUGACAUCUCCAUUAAAAUGAACGAAUGCAGCGUAAACUCUAAAGUGUAGCUGAGCUCAGAUCUUCAUAUCUGUCACUGUGACGUCUGUAUGUGUGAUGAAUGCUUUACUUUCUCUCUGACUGUCAGACUGCUUCGAAGCACCAACCCCAGCAUACACAUCCUUCCCGGUUGCUAUGAAUUCUGGGUAAUGCAGACAGCGCUUGAUAAAGACCUUAACAGUUCCUCACCAGUUUUUCAGAGUUCUGGUGCUCAACGAAACCCACUAAAAUCCCCCCGUGUUCCAGAACACCAGCUCGACCAGAACAGAUGCUGCAUCACAAACACAUCUCAGGACAUUUCUUUAGUUCAUUGUUUAUUAACAUACGGUUAUGUCUUGGUACAGCAAAGUUCAUUUAUAACAUGUAGGCAGGUACAUUUCACAAAACUAUUUGCCCUUGAAAUCAAAAGAUUCAAAAACAUUUAAAUUAAAAAGGAGAUGAAGCCCAGUAGGACCAUUAGGACUUGUUUCUGCAUUGUGGCAUUGUUUUCAUGACAGUUGUUAUUGUAAUACAAACGAAUUAUUAUAUUAUUUACAUGAUCAAGUAUUUAUCAUCAUGGUGGCAUUUGCUGUUUCUGCUUCAAUGUGAAUUUAACAUAAAAAGGUUUUUAAUGAAUCUAUUCAGAUGAUCAUCAUUAUUAUUAUUAUUAUUAUGAAAUAAAUACUACAAUGCAAUAAACCCUAAUGAUCCUAUAAACAGGCGUUAUGUUAGGUUUAAACGUGACCUGGAUGAUUUCUGUGACAUUCACCCAGACAGCCUGUUAACAUACAUAGAUAUAUAUUGAAAUAGAUACGAUUACCCAUAAGAAUAAAUGUAGUAGCUUCAGAUUGAAUAUAUAAGCUCUCUCUCUCUAUAUAUAAAUGAUCUAUAUUUUGUACGCAUGCUGUUAGGAGUCUGUGGUGUGCUGCUGUUUCAUGUUAUCAGAGGGGUUCUGUGUGCCAUCUUUAGAGUAUUGACAGUGUUUCCAGCAUCACUGUUACGUUACCAUGAUGUUACUAUGACAACCCACUCUAGUGUGAGCAAUAGAGAGUGUUUGAUGUUAAUGUGAGACACUAUGAAAGGUGUAAACAUUUAAAGAGACUAAACGCUUUAUUGAAACAACACAA